ACACGUUUUGAUCGUAAUGAUAAUCAACACCUAAACAAUUUGUAGUCCAGAUACCGUGGGUUGAUAAUCAUCAAACGGUGAUAAUAUUUAACACGUUUUCGCGUCUGUAACUAACACCUUUGAUCACGACGCUAUUGAGAUGGCGAUUGUGAAGAAAGAUAAUUGUGGCGUAAGAGUGGCUGGUGAAAAAAGUUAAAAUACCUGGGUGCACAUGCUACUAGUACAGUACAGAGACAGAAUGACAGAGAGUCGUUAGAAAGUCAAACUAGGAUCCAACAUAAGAUAUUAGUACAGUGUACGCCGUAGGUUUGAUAGAACUCUUGGGGAAGAACAGUGUAGCUUUGUCUGUACAAUAAGAGACGUCCUUCCCCGCUUAGACAGUGCCAGUGACUGCUCCUCCUCCUCAUUCAAGGCAAGCUGAAGAAAACUUUGAAUAUGUCUCAAUCAAGACGAGUACAAACCUUGGCAACAUACAUUCCCGGCGUGCAGCCGCCUCAGAUUCUGGUGCAGAAGAUAGACAUCAAGGGGCCCAGUUUCCAGAGGGUCGUCAUGCCUCAAAUAUCGCACUUCAAGAUGGCGGACCAGGAUAAGGAAAGUCUGCGGGGCCUUCUUUUCACCACAUCCACCGCGCAGUGCCCUGAUGACGUCACAUUCCCGACAUCCCCGGAUGGAUGGAGUGUACAGGAGAACACGACACAGUAUCUGAAGGUCAGUGAGGGUCAGUGCUUUUACCCUCCCGUCACAAUCCCCAUACCCAAUAGAGACGAUAAGGUGAUUGUUUUGCUAGAUAAGGGGCGAAAUUGUUCAAUGGCUGAUGACGGAGAUAUUUUUGGAGGGGUUUAUGACACGAAGAGUUGUCGUUUGGACAGUGUCACAUUUAUCGCAACCGGUGUCACGCGCAGAAGCAGCGUUGUAGCAGGGACCACUAGUGUCAUUAUCGCUGGUAGUGCAGAGAACAACGGGUCAACCCAGGGGUGUUUCAGGACAAUUUGUAUACAAACUAUCCAAAGCAAAGAAAGUGGGAAGGAGUUAUCAGUGUCCAAACCGACUUACUUUGAUAAAAUGUCUCUUGUUCAGGGACUACCAUUCAACUCCACCCUGUCUCAAUCCUACAUUUUUCUUACUCUAGACACGGAAUUCGGCAAACUGGGGUUUUCAGACCAAAGAAAAACAAUGCUGGAUAUCAGGGAAUCAGAAGUAUCACUUGAAGUCCUUAAAGGCCUGGACAUUCCAGACGGGGACCGGUUCCCCGUGGCGAUAUCUCCUGAUGACAACUACGUCGCCGUCAUAGGAGAAAAGCGGGAAAAGAAUCAAAACGCCAGCAUCGUGUUACUGAUAUUCAGAAGGAAUGAUGACGGUUUUGUUCUCUGUGGCCACAGGGUCCUCGUAUCAAGGGCCUCUGCGCGCGAGUUAAAGCCAACAGACUUCUUCCCUACCCGUCACUGUGUGCUGGAGUUCAGAAAGGAUUCAAAGUUGUUAGCUGUGAGCGCCGUUCGUGAGGAAGACCGCCGCCACUGCUUGAGCCUGAUUGACCCACAGGGCGGCCAUGAUGUCCAGUGUCUGCAUGGAGAGGGAGAGGCUAUACUUGGAGGAGCGUGGGUUGGUGCAGACUUCUGGACUGUCCAUCAAGCUGUUGAAAAAGACGGUCAAAUAAAAAGUCCAACAAAACUGACAAAAUGGCACUCGCCAGCAGCAGGAGACAGUGAGCACACGGCCGAUACUCAAGAACUUCAGGACUGUGAUAGCGGACUGAAACUGGCGGAUAUGUUUUCACAAAUCAAAGUAGCAGACGACGGGAAGAUCGCUGCCAUUACGUGUACUACUGUGAAAGGAAACGGAAUCCAUGUUGUGUCCAUUCAUAGCAAUGGCAAGAAGACUGAGAAUGAACAAUAGUUAAUGGUUUCAUUCUGAACGUCUUAGAUAUUGGUGUGUUUUUAUGGUAAUCAUGCCUUUUUGUGAUACACCUCUUUCUACUCACAUGUACACUGUCGGAAUUAUUUGAAUUAGGAAGACUGUGCCAAUCUCGGUAAAAUUGAACUUAAAUUAAUUUGUUUAAAAUUAAAAACGAGAAAAUGACCCAAUAAAGUAGUUGUUUAAUUUAAAUUAUUAUGCAUAAUAAUGGACGACCAAAAUUUGGCUAGCUAAUUUAGACGAUCUUUAUUUUAUUGAUUCAUUUUAAUUGUAUAGUUAACCUCAGUAUGUGAUUUCAGGAGAAAGGAAACAUAACUCACAGCAGCCAUGUGUUAUCAGCUCUACGGAGCUAACUUUGGUGGACUGUUUCAAAUGUAAUUUAUUCAGCUUUAGAAAUAAUUAUCAAAUAGCAAUGCCCAUCUUGCAUUAAAACUGCAUUUAGACCCCUAAGUGAUAAAGAUAUGUUAACUUUAUUUAUUUUGAUUAUUCGACUUGUCAUUAAGUUGACAUGAUCCAUCUAUAUCAAGACAUUGUGUUGACUUAGCUGAUACACAUAAUGUACAAAUUAUAAUACAAAUUAACGUACUAAAACACCGCAGUAAUGAUGGAGAUGUUAAAUAACACGUGUUCACAGCUGAUCGAGACCGUGAUAAAAUCUUAAAUUAAUGGAGCGAUCAUAGGAUGCAGCUUAUAACUGCUACAGAAAAUCAAAAUCAGAUAUGCAGCUAUGCAAGUCUACUUGAAAUAAAGACUAAGUUUGUACAAAUAUUAUAAUUCAGAAGUAAGUAAUAGUAAUAAUGUUAAAAUGAUAUUAUAUACCUAUUUAAUUGUUAAAAGACAACUUGGAUUUGGAAAUUCUUGUGAUAGAAAAUUAAUUACCAAAUCAAAAGACAAGACGUUUUUCAUGUUUUUAUAGAAUAAUCUGCUGUUUUCCAUAGCUUGUAAAUACACAAUAUCAUACAAUUUCAGAAAUACAGUACAAGAAAUACAACUUUCUACACGUGUCUAUAGUUAACAGAAUGUAUUGAUCUUUGCGAGCAAACUUUUGGUAUAAGAAGUGUGUGUAAUAUCACAACAUUUUAAUGACUUUAUGAUUCAAUCUUCCUUAUUGUUACUUCAGUGAUUUCAGACACUGAUCUAGGUAUCAUUAUUAUUGAGAGUGUGUGAGAUGCACGGAAUUAACAUAACAUUUGUAAGUCUUGAUAAAUAUUAUGACUUUUUUAAAAAUCACUAUGCACUAUGAUAUAUUAUAAUGAACAUUUUAUUGUGUGUUAACCAUG